AUGUCUUGCGACCAUGUAAACGAAUUCUUCAUGCACAGGACAAAUGAGCUGGCUUACAGGAAUAUAAUAAGCUAUCUCAUUUUCCCAAAGUCUCAGAAAGGGUUUACUCACAAAGCAACUUUGUGUUGUUUUUCGUGCAAAGUCGAAAAUGACAACUUUGACAGUUCCAGUAAGGCUUUUAUAAGACCCAGAUGUUUACUUGCUUGUGCUCAUUGUAUCCACUUCGCUUGUUGGGAUUAUCGACACAUACACUUACAUAGGAACGACCAUCCUGAUCACUUUCUAUCCGUGUGUACAGAACGUGGUGAAUUAUUUUGUCUUAAUUGUGGAGACUUUGUUUAUCAUUCAAUAGCAGAAGCUUUUCACCAACCUGCAUUUCGUUCAUACAUGGCUCAAUUCGGUUUAUCAAAUCAACACUGGAGGCCAUCAUUCAAUGAAUUGAGUUUAAUGCCACGUAUCACUCCGGUACUGCCAUUGUCGGCCAAUACUCGCAGUAAGGCUAUGCGCGAUUUACAUCGAUGUACCAACCCAACUCGAUCACGUAAUUGUUUAGCAUGUGAAAUGGUUCGCAUUACUCAAGAGAUAUACAAACCUGUUGCUACUCCAUUUGUACCGAACAACUUACUAUAUGCAAUAUGGCUUCAUGCAAGUCAUUUAGCUGGAUAUGAACAACGUGAUGCACACGAGUUUCUUAUAACUUUGUUAACUUUGAUACACGGUCAUCUUGUUGGUGAAGUAUCAUCACGUGACAAUGAUACUUGUAUAUUGGACAAGAAAGAGCAUACUAGACAUCGACACUGUUCAAAUUCAAAUGGUUUCAGUGAUAAUCACAAUUCUAUGCACAAUACAGACAAGCCUAUUACAGAAGUAUCCGAUUGUGUUCAACAUCCAGAUUGUAAUUCACAAGCAUCUAUAUCUAGUUCUCGUGAUAGCUCUGAUUCAUGUGAUUGUAUUGUUCAUCAGGUAUUCUUCGGUGAUUUAGAGUCUGUCAUAUCUUAUGAAGGUUGUGAACAUAGAUCAUCAACAGUUGACCCUUUCUUAGAUUUAUCUUUGGAUGUUAUUCAACGUGGUUCAACAUCACUACAAGCCUGCUUAACAUCUUAUUUUAGACCUGAGUCAAUUGAUGGCUUAAUUUGGUGUUCUCAGUGUAAUGUUGGUCGACCAGCAGUAAAACAGUUCAGUUUACUACACUUACCAAAUGUGUUGUGCUUUUAUCUGAAACGUUGUCAUCAUGACACUAAAAUCAAUACUUCUAUCACAUUCCCUGCUGAACUAGACAUGGCUCCCUACUUACAUCAGAUUGUAGGUGAUAAAUCGGCUUGGUAUGAUAGGUAUUCACUUUACGCUGUAUUGAAUCACAGUGGUCAAACUAAUUCAGGUCACUAUACAGCUUACAUUCGUAUCGGUUCAGGUGCUUGGUGUCUUUGUGAUGACCAAAAGGUUGUAUCUGUCAAUUUAAACGAUGUACUGCAUACAGAUGCCUAUGUUUUAUUAUAUCAUAAGAAUUUGUUAGCUGUACGCAUUUAA